AUGUUUCCAUGGCAGGGAUGUUCGCCAAGCGUUGAGGCUCCAGGGUUCGCUCUGGUCACCUUUACUCCAGCAGCAACACCGGUGGUCUGGUGGUAGGUUAGAUGAAGGCCAGCAAUCGGUCUGUUGCCCCCCCCUCUCUCUUUCCUCCCCUUUAUUCCACUUCAUCCUAUGCUUUGGGCUAAAAGGACAUACAACACCUCUCCUGCUCCGCCAUGUCUCCCAAUAGCCCAGACCCUCGGGUCUUACGCUUUUCGUCUACCUCCUUGAUCUUCUUUACCAUUCUCUCGUUCCGACUCUUGAACGCACUUACUAUUCGGACCUUCUUCCAGCCAGAUGAAUUCUUCCAGUCGCUUGAACCGGCAUGGAAAAUGGUAUUCGACGAGGGUUGGCUUACUUGGGUAUAUUAUGUCCCCUUUUGCCACUGGGGCGGAGGUUCUAAUUGGUGAUUUAGGAAUGGAAGAACCGAUUGAGGUCAAUCGCUCACCCAGCACUCUUCGCCGCGGUCUACAAGUCCUUAGACUUUAUCAGUAACCUUGUUCGGUUGCAAAGUUCAACCAGGGCCGAAGUUCUAGUCGUCGCGCCCAGGGUCCUUCAAGCGGUUUUUGCUGCUUUGGGCGAUUACUUUACUGCGAAGCUUGCCGGGAAGCUAUUUGGGGGUGCUGCCGGAUGGACUAGUGUGCGUGUAUUAUACUCUGCCCGGUAUUUCAGCAAUGGAGAAGCUUAUGUAAGCUGUGGGUAGGAAUUCAGUUAUGGUUCAGUGUUGGCAGUGCAUUCCAUUUCUUUUGCUCCACCAGGACGUUCUCGAACAGUCUUGAGACGAGUAUAACUACUAUCGCGUUGUACUACUGGCCCUGGCCGCAGCUCAUUACAAAGAAACCAAAUGCAAAGAGCGUUGUUGUCGAGGGGCAAAUUGACCGGAAGUAGGUAUCGCAUGAGAGCCGGCCCAAAAAUUGCAGCUGAUAAUCUAUAGGGAGCUUCAACUUUCGCUACUGUUCGCAGCAUUUGCAUGCAUCCUCAGACCGACUAAUGUCCUAAUCUGGUCGAGUCUGGGAUUGUUCCUGAUAUAUCAUAGCAGCUCUCGGGAAAGGGUGCGUAUUGUCACCGAGGUUGUAACAGUAGGGUAAGUUGGGUCGAAUUAACUCUUGGCCGUUAGAAAGCUUGCCAACGCUUGGCUCUAACAAGUGUCUAGAAUUACGGCGCUGGUAUUAAAUGCCGUUGCCGACCACCAGUACUAUGGCGUUUGGGCCUUCCCGCCAAUGAAGUUUCUCGAGUUUAAUCUAGUUCAAAGCUUGUCGGUAUUUUAUGGGAGCAACCCGUGGCACUAUUACUUGUCCCAGGGGCUGCCACUACUUUUGACUUCAUUCCUGCCAAUUGCUAUGUACGCUCUUUGCUCGUUUCUCGGUCGCUCCCCAAUGGAGAAUGGAACGGCAGCCGGAUUUCAACUAGCUUCCACUGUUGUUUUGGUGACGUCUGUGUAUUCUUUGAUCUCUCACAAGGAGUUCCGCUUCAUCUACCCACUGCUCCCGAUUUUGCACGUACUUUCUGCUGCCAAAUUCGAAAAUCUUAGUUGGAGAACCUCUACAAAGAAGUGGGUGUUGAUGGGGAUGAUUUUGUUGAAUAUACCUGUUGCGUGGUAUUCAACUCAAGUGCAUCAGCGCGGUGUUGUUGACGUUGUGGACUGGUUGAGAAAAACUGGCAAUGCCGAUAACCCAGAAAAGUGGAACAGCGUGGGCUUUUUGAUGCCCUGCCAUUCUACAGGGUGGAGAAGCUCAGUGAUGGGCGUUGGCGAGAUGUGGGCGCUCGGAUGUGAGCCACCAGUAGGGUAUACGCUCUUUUUAUUUAUUUGCUUGAGUUAGCUACUAACCUUGAAAUAGUUUGUCAUCAGAGGAAAAAGUAUCCUAUCUUGAUGAGGCGGAUCGUUUCUAUGCCUCACCCGCGGAGUUCCUAGAGACCCAAUUCCCAACUCCCCCCUCAACGGGCAGGAAUCCAAUGAAGCGCAUGUUAGAAGAAACGACCCAUCAGUGGCCAGAUCGGCUGGUUUUCUUUGGGGCGCUAGAAAAUACUAUCAAGAGCUAUCUAGGACCAGAGACAGAGUACGGGGAGUGUAAACGAUUCUUUAAUAGUCAUGCCCAUGACGACUCUCGGAGGAAGGGGGACGUGAUAGUUUACUGCCUGAGAAAGGGCGCAGCAGGGGAGGCGGGAUCAUUUGUAUAAUCGCUUUUGGGCGCCUGUUUAUUUCCUUUCAUCCAGUUCCUGAUUUCGUUCGGUCUUUAAACGUGUUGCUACUUUGGAUAGCUAUGGUAACGGAAUGGUGGAAGGCCGAUGGAACAUGUGUUGGGUUGCGGAUUGUGGGACGCUGAGGGCACCCUAGAGAAAUAGCUUGUCAGGAUAAAAGUAAGGCGACCAGUAGUUUUG